GUUUGACCUUUCCACCUACAUUUGAGUUUCUUCAUUUUCUUUUAGUCUUCUUACCUUGUGCAAAAACCUCUGCUCUUUUUUACACAAUUCCUCCAUGGAUGGUGGAACUUAGAGUUCAGAUUAGUCAUCUUCCAUGUCCCUCUCCAGAGUGCCAGUACCUCGAACAGAGACUUCAAGGCUACAACUAGAAGUGAACCUGAAAUAUUUUCUGCGGUCAUGAAUUUGGUCAACCAAUGAGGUCCGGAUGGCAAUGGAAUUGAAAGGGAUUAUGAAUGAAAUUGACUGAGAUUAUAGGAAACUAGUGAAACUUGGAUUGGAACAGAUAUCUUAAGAUUUCAUCUGCAACUAAAAAUGACCACAAUGGACUUCAAUAUCGGAAUUGAGGAUGUAGGAGUGGCAGUACUACAGGAAUUAUGGAAUAAGGUGGGAUUUCAGGCCACGGGGCUCGUGAGUGAAAUGAAGGAUCUAUUGUUUGAAAAGGACAGCUUUCUGGAGUUCUCCAGGAGUAUUUCUGAGCUCAAUAUCCUCCUCCGUAGCUUGAAUGCCCGAAAAGUUGAAAAUGCACUGGGAUUAGAGUCCACAAAGGCUGCACUGAUAACAUUGAACAUACAGUUGAAGAAAGCAAGCAAGAUCAUCAAGGAUUACAAAUGUGGAAGCCGCCUCCGCCUCUUGCUUAAAUCACACUCAAUGCUCUUGCAGAUGGAGGAUGUAGCUAAAGAUAUUGCCAAGACUGUCUCCUCUUUUCAGCUGAUCAAUCUUGAUAUCUCCCUGAGCUUGAAUACUAUGACCAAACAGAUCAUCAACAAUCUAGGAUCAAUGGAAUUCAGGUCAGCAUGUGCAACGGAAUCAAUUGCUUCAGAGAUGGAGAAUUCAAUAUCUCAAAAUGCUAGGAAUAGGGAGAAUUCUCAAAAGCUUCUGGAGAAGGUUGCAGAAGCCGUUGGUGCUCGAGCGAAUGCAUCCUUGGUACAAACUGAGUUGGCACUCUUGAAGCAAGAGAAAGAAGACAUGGAAGCUCAAAAGAAGCAGGCGGAGGCACUUCAGCUAUCUCAACUGAUUGACUUCCUCUACAGUACAGAAAUUGUUACCAGACCAAAUGAUGAGGAAACCUCUACAUACCACCAGCAGUAUCCAAUUGAUUCAUUCAUGUGUGAACUUUGUAAAAAGAUGAUGGAAGACCCAGUAGCAGUUACAUGUGGCCACAGCUUUGAGAGGAAGGCAAUUCAGGAACACUUUGGGCGUGGAGAGAGGAACUGCCCCAUCUGCAGACAGGACCUUUCAUCACUAGAGCUCACGCCUAAUGUUGUGCUGCGAAACUCUAUUGAAGAAUGGAAUCAGAGAGACAAGGAUUUAAAAUUCCAAGCUGCAGUCCAUGGAGUCAAAUCCGGUGACCGCUUUAAAAUGGACAAGGCUUUAGAGGACAUGCAGUUUCUUUUGGAAAUGCCUAGAUAUGCAACCAAAGCUGCAGAGGAAGGACUUGCAACAAAAUUGGUAGUGAUCUUAAAAGACGAUACGGUAAAGUCUGUGGCAGCAUUAAAAUGCCUCUACUACCUAGCUAAACUUAAUGAGGAUCAAAAGGAAGCCAUUGUCAGAGCAGGGGCCAUUCGAAGAAUUGUGAAGUAUAUCUACAAAGGAGGAAGUAAAAGGGAUGCCAUUGCAGUCUUGUUGGAGUUGUCAGCAAAGGAAACCCUUGGGGAGAAAAUAGGAGAUACAAAAGAUUGUAUUCCUCUUCUGGUUUCUUUACUCCAUAAGAAUAACCCUGAUGUGUCACAGGAAGCUCGUAAGGUGUUGCAGAACCUCUCGUCAAACACACAUUUUGUUGUCAAGAUGGCUGAAGCAGGACACUUCCAACCUUUUGUUGCUCGCUUCAAUGAAGCACCUCAGGAGACCAGAACAUUGAUGGCUGCAGCCUUGAUAAAGAUGCAACUCAAGGAGAAUAGUGUUGAAGAAUUAAAGGACCGGCAAUUUAUACAGAGUUUACUUCAGAUGCUCUCUUCGAGCUCACCAGCAUGCAAAUCUGCUUGCCUAAAAUGUAUGAAGAAACUUGUAGCACACCACAAGAUUGUAAAGCGACUUCUGAAAGACCCUGCCACUGUACCACAUUUGCUUGGCCUCAUCUCAUUUAACAAGUCUGAUCCACACUUGAAACAAGAAGCUGCUGGGAUUCUUGCUAACAUGAUUGGAGCCAGUAAACAAUUUGAACAACAAAAGUAUCAGGGCUUGCAAGAGCUCCAAUCAAAGCACAAUGUCUGUCUACUGUUGCAGCUUGUUACCAGUGCUGAAGAUCAAACCAAGAUUCAGUUCUUGCACCUACUGGUUGAACUGAGCUAUAAAUCAGAGAUAGCUCGAGAUAUAAUACGAUCUGAACAGGAUGCCAUUGCUCACCUCUUCUCUUCCCUUUACAGCGAUCCUCCUGUGGUGAAAAAAUGGGCAAUGAAGCUCAUAUAUUGCAUAUCAGAAGGUCAUACUGCUGGGGUUCCACUACCACCUUCCCCUGCAAAAGAAACUGCUAUUAACACCCUGGCAACCAUCCUCAUUAAUUCACCAGACAUUGAAGAAAGGUCCACUGCUGCAGGAAUUAUCAGCCAGCUUCCUAGGGAUGAUAGUAGUAUUGAUGAGAUACUCCGCAAAUCAGAAGUACUAAAAGCCAUUCAUGAGGUAAUUUGCAGCAUGGAUGAGGACAAUUGGGGGAACGUAGCACCUUCCAUCCAAGGGACAUCUCUACUGGAGAAUGCUCUAGCAGCCCUUCUGCGCUACACAGAACCAACCAAGCCUGAACUUCAGAGACAAUUGGGCAAGCUUGAAGUGUACCCAUCAUUAGUUCGUGUCUUAACCAGGGGUAGCUCACUAGCUAAGCAGAGAACAGCCAUUGCACUUGCCCAACUAUCCAAGUCUACUAGUCUGUCAGUCUCUGAAGAAACCAUCAGGCAAACCAAGCCAUCGAUGCCCCUCUUUGAUCUGAUUAAGCAUUUCUGGUGCUUUCCAGCAUCAUCAGAGAAUGGAAAUAUAUGUUCUGUUCAUGGUGCUGCUUGUUCACCAAGAGAUACCUUCUGCCUGGUCAAGGCAGACGCGGUGAGGCCAUUGGUGCGGACUUUGAGUAACACAGAAUCUGGUGUGGCAGAGGCUGCUCUGAUGGCACUUGAAACAUUGCUGACAGACAACAGCACACUAUCACAUGCAACUGCUGCCAUUGUGGACAACCAGGGUGUGGUGGCCAUUCUGCAAGUCUUGGACAGAGGAUCUUUAUCUGCCAAAACCAAAGCCUUAGACCUCUUUCAGAAGAUCCUGGUUCAUACAACGAUCAGUGAUACAUUAAAGCAGAGGUUCGAGAGGAUCCUUAUCCAACUCCUCCAUGAUGAUGAGCUUAAGAAAAAAGCAGCUUUGGUGCUUAGGCAGAUGGAAAUCAUCCCGGAGCAAUCCUCAUACUUCUAAAGAUGUAUAAUGAUAUUGUAUAUGUGAUCCAUUUGCCAUUUUUGCAUUGUGCAGAAACUGCACCACAUUAGAUCUAGUUUUGAAGAUGAUAGCAUACAAUUCUCAAAGCGCAUACCAUACUCUAGAGAUAUAGAUAGGCUUUAGCAAUAAGUUGGUGAAAGAAACAGCUGUGAAUUACUUUGUUCAAGUUACUAGAUAGUGUACAAAUUCUCGUCAUUUUUUAUAUACUGUCACACUUUUGAUC